UCGUACCCCGUUUGUGAACCUGUCACGUGAAGCAUGGACUCUGCAAGCGGGCGGCCAGCCUCGUCCAUGUCAAAGCCUGCGCUGGAGUCUUCACUUCACCGCUCGUCUCAACUCGGGCGGGAGGUGUUAGAAAGAGCCAGAAGACGGUCCGCACGCUGGUCAAACCCUUCUGAUGGCGGGAGGAAGCACUGCGAGAUUCAGGAAGACCCUGCUGUCCAUGCGAGACUGGACCGUGCUUUUACCAAAAUAGUGGCGUGCAUGGCAGAAACUACCAUUCAGUGCCAGAUGUUUCACAGCCGCGACACAGGACCAGAGCCCAGUGAGCGAGAGCAAACCCACGUGUGUCGCUUCCACUCUCAGCAGCUGGUCCGGAUGUCAAGCCGACCUCAGGCCGGUGCCGUACCGAGCAAGCACGUUCGCUUUACAGGGGUGUCUGAGCCAGAGGACUUCUUGAUUGAAGUGUCUCCGGGGACUUAUGCCAUCACGGCAGCCUCACAAGACGCUGGACCACAGACCAAAGUGGUUCGCAUCAAUGCAGGAGAGAGCACACGACUCACCUUUAACCUCUGACCCUGUCAGGGUUUGGCACGGUGUCUUUCCAAUUCCAGUGGCAGGGACAGAGAAUUAGCGCAUCUUUAUGACUCACUCUGUUUGCACAAACAUUGGCAGAAAGUUGAAGCCAACUGUGUGUAGUUCUUUUGGUGCACUCCUUAGAUGUUCCUUAAUGUAUUUUUUAGGUACAUCUGAUAAUACUCAGGAUAUAUUUUAGUCAGCAUUUUAAAAAGCUACAUCAAAUAUAAUGAUUCAUGGGGAGCAGAAAAUUUGUGUGUAAUGCCUUUAUGUGAUUGCAUCUGCUGCAUAUAUUUUUAUAUUUAUAGAGUUGAAAUUUUAUUUUUUAAUAACAUUUUUAUAACAUUAUUUUUAUAUCACAGUAAUGUUUGCUGAAUAAACUGCACAAUACAUCAGUUUCACAGUA